AUGUGGUAUUCCGAAGUUAGCAAAGCUGGUCGACAGAUUGAGACAGACUGUUUGGUGUAAAAAGUGUUGAGCUUUGUUAGAAUAAUGCCUUACUAUCAGACUUGGGAGGAGUUUGCCCGCGCAGCAGAGAAACUGUAUCUGACAGAUCCAAUGAAGGUCAGAGUGGUUCUCAAAUACAGACACUGCGACGGCAACCUGUGCAUUAAAGUGACCGACAAUGCCGUGUGUUUACAGUACAAGACAGACCAGGCCCAGGACGUGAAGAAGAUCGAGAAGCUCCACGGAAAACUGAUGAGACUCAUGGUGUCCAAGGAGACGCACAGCGGUUCCAUGGAGACAGACUAAAAAAUGUUCUAGAAGCGCUGACCUUCUAGAACACCUGGACUGAGUUCAGUGCAGACGCAGUGGUUGUUUUGAGAGCACAGAACCACUGCAGUGUGAAUCUGAGAGAUGGGUUGAUGGGGAGGACCUGGAGGGAUGGAUCAGGCUGCCUACACUGAGUUAAUACUGUCAGAGAUGUGAUAUAGAUACUGUAUAUAUUUUAUUCUCUCAGGAUUUUCUUUUUAAGAUACUUUCCACAUCAUUAAAAAAUCUCAGUACCCUGUUUUUCAGCGUCAGGCAUUUCAUUCCCAUCCCUGACUGUAUUAAUAGGAAGUAAGGUCAGUGUAGGCAGCUGAAAGAUUUAAAGGAAGUGUAAAGAAGGGGGAAAAUGAGAGUUUUGGGGGGUGGGGGGGUGGAACACAUCCUCUGCUGCUGUGGAACCAGCUUCGGCACCUUCAUUUUCUUAGAGGAGUUUGCAUUUAUUUUCAGUUUUAAAGGGACGAAAAAGGACAGGCGAUGAUGACGUUGCAUGUCUUGUCCGUUUACGUCUAUGUAGCCGUGCUGGAUUCGAUUUCAGCACAGCGAUCGGUUUUGUUUGUCAUCAUGGACUUGUGCCACAUGAAUGAAGCAGGACCUUCUGAUUUCUAAACGACGGUGUGGAGAAACCCGCAAUUUCUACGUAGACAACCCCCUCCCACACACACACACACACCUCCAAAUGCCAUUUCGUCUACUGAAAAUAAAUGCGUUACAUGUUCAAUAAAUGUUUAUUUACCCCAGUA